AUGGCCCCUCAACGAUAUGAAGCACUAAACACGCACGACGACGACGAUGUCGAUUCUCCUAUCUCUCCAGACACUGCUGGUCCUAUUCCAUCCUCACCACCACCGUCAUUCCGAUCUAGAGCCUCCUCACCCACCUCCAGGCGCCUAUUGGCCCAGGAUCCGUUAUCUACUCACGCCGAUCAAGAUCAUUUGGAAGACACCUUUGACGAUGGUGAGGCUUCUGAUGCCGAGAAUGACGGCGACGACAGACAACGAUUGAUGAGAGCCGACACUGGACUCUCCAGACAAGAUGCAUCCCCCUCCUCAACCGCUGUUCCCGAGACCCGGCCGGCGCGUACCUAUGAACGAAGAGUGACGGAACUCCCUGCCUUCAGACCUAUGCCUGCGUCCAUGAGAGCCACCGAUGGAGUUUUUGCAAAUUUGUCCGCAAAGCCUGAACGUGGCGAGCAGCUCGAAGAAAAGCCUCCUACAUAUGAACAAGCCGCUGCUGAUGCGACUCCCCCUUACUGGGAGACCACAAUCCUCGCACCUGGGAUGUCCUCAGAUGAGGUCUAUGUCGAUGGCCUGCCUGUUGGAUCCGUUUUCUCGUUUGUGUGGAACGGCAUGAUUUCUAUGUCUUUCCAACUCGUCGGCUUCCUACUCACUUACCUUCUUCAUACCACUCACGCAGCCAAGCAUGGUAGUCGCGCCGGCCUCGGACUGACGCUUGUACAAUACGGUUUCUAUAUGAGCGGUUCCAGUGAUAGUCCGACCGACACCGGAAAUCCAGGGCAGUUUUCUAACUCCAGCCCGCCUGAUCCGAACAGUCACAGCUUCGACCCCAAUACUGUGAAUGGGGGCGGAGAUCAGUCUCCGGGAGGGUCUAGCAACAUGGGCGGUUUCACCAGCGCAGAUUGGAUUUCCUACAUUCUCAUGAUUAUUGGUUGGUUUAUUUUGAUCCGGGCCGUGUCAGACUUUUUGCGGGCAAGAAGACACGAGGCCCUCGUUUUGCAGAGUCCCAGUCGAGGACUGCCUGUCCCCGUCGUGGCGGAGGGCGAAACUCCAGAGCAGACAGCUUGA